AGAGAAAUGACAAAUGUCCAAUGAUUUUCAGGAGUAGGAGUAGCUUAAUGCUACAGUAUGAGUGGACAGGAUGUAUCCCAGCUAGAGAGAGAACUGAGUAUUGCAGAAUCAUCAUUAGCGUUCCUGAGAAAAGAACAUCAGAAAAUAUUGACUGGUCUUCAUCAUGAAAUAGCAAGACUUACACAAAAAUGUUCAGAACUUCAGUUUUCUGUAACCCUGCAGGGACAAGUAGCAUCUACAGAAGAAUUGCUCAAAGAGAAACUAAGGAUUCUAAAACUAGAGUAUGACGUAAGUCAGGAGAGAUUGCGAGAUCUAGAGAAGAAGGUGAAGAAGGGGGAGGAGAGGGAGAGAGAGAUGGUGCAGCAGAGGGCCUGGGACAGGAUACAGAUGGAGAACCAGAUUGAAAGUUUAACUCUACAACUAGAAGACAAAAAUCAACGCUUAGCUGAUCUAAAACGCCAGGUGGUAGUUGAGGUUGAUAUUGCCAAACUUCAAGCUAGAGUCAAAGAAUUGUACAAAGAUGGAAACGCUUCUAAUCAAGAGAAAAUCCAAGAAAUUUCUAGAAAAGCCAGAAGUCCAGAUGGUUCAAAGGGUUUCUCUGAGAAAGAUGAUAUUGUGAUUAGGGCUCCGAGUAUAACCCCUAGAUCUCUUUUGAACUCUAGCGACCCUUUGACCCCCAUACCCUCCUCAACCUUGACCCCCAUACCAUCCUCGACCUUGACCCGAGAUGACCCCAGCGAACCUGUCGACCGGGGUAAAGAUGUAGUCCGAGAAAAUCGACGAUCUAAAGUGUUUCGACAUCAUCUCAAGCGAAUUGACGACAAAGUGUACACUGAUCCAAAUCGUCUUAGUUUAUUAACAUCUCGUAGAACAGAAGCAUUAACAAGUGAUUUAACCCCAGAGGAAGCCUCGUCCCCAAGCCUUUACAGUCAUUCUAAUCCACCACUAUCCCUUGCUAUGAAGGGAUUUGAAAAAGCAGAAUCAAAGUAUAACUCACUGCCGCCUGAUUAUAAAGCGCCAGUGUCAACUCUGCCACCUAUCGGUGGUUUUGUUAAACAAUCUGGACCUGCAGGAAUAGAGGUAGAACAGGUUCUCACGCAGGAGGGAAUGUUUUCAAACUAUUCAGAAAAAAACUCUGACUCUGUUGUUUAAAGGGAACGGAGACGCAAUUACAAGUGACCCCCGUUAACAGAGUUUCAUGAUUGAUUCACACUGAUACCCUAUAAACCAUUUUCCAUAGUUUGUCUGUCUUAAAUUCUAAUAGUCUCCUUUAAUUUUUAUAAAGAACCUUCAAUUGAACAUUACUAGUUUUCAGAAAGAAAAAACAAUGAUAUCUUAUUUUUUCACAAAACAAUUAAAGGGUAUCUUUGUAAAAUUGGCUUGAAAGUAUUCUCUUUAACUGGAUAUUCACCAGAAAUUAUAGGUCUACUCUCCCUUUAAUAAAAUACUAAAUAUUUUGUGAUAAAUUAACCAUUUGAGAUUUUCUAGCUCAAAAUUUGACUAUUUUUCAUCUCGAAAUGUUGUUUUUAAUUGCUAAUAAUUAAAUUGUUAUUGGCAAUAAAAAAGAAUUAAAAAUGCUUUAUACCAAUACUCAAUUUUGUUAUCAUUUCAAGUUUUGUUAUUAUAAUGUUGUUGUUAUCAAUAUUUCCUGUUAUUUAUAAAGUUGGUGUUUAAGCUGCUGUCAAAAACUAAGUGCCCUUUAAAUAGACUGUAAAAGUAAUUUCUAUUCAUGACCCUCCAUAUUUACGGAGAAAAACAAAAACAUUGGAAUGUUUGUUGUGAAUUACGUCGAAAUUUUCUAAAAACUUGUGGUUUUUGUUAAUAUCAAAUGUAGCCAUCCAAUUGUAUUCAUUAGCUCCUAGAACUAAAUGCAAAGGUAUUGAGGUAGUAAGAAAGUAAAUUCAAAAUCAAAUAAAAGGAACUGUAGGUGUAAUUUUAAAUGACUAUCCAUGCAAAGAGAACACUGCUUGUUUUCCACUGAAAAUUUUGUGUACGCUGUGUUGAGUUCAGACUGUACGUAACAGAAUACAUGCGGGUUUUGAUAAGUUUACACACACAUAACUCUCACGUGUACGCUGUGUUGAGUUCAGACUGUACGUAACAGAAUACAUGCGGGUUUUGAUAAGUUUACACACACAUAACUCUCACGUGUACGCUGUGUUGAGUUCAGACUGUACGUAACAGAAUACAUGCGGGUUUUGAUAAGUUUACACACACAUAUCUCUGUACACGUGUACGCUGUGUUGAGUUCAGACUGUGCAUAACAGAAUACAUGCGGGUUUUGAUAAGUUUACACACACAUAAAUCUGUACAGGACGAACACGCAAACCGUAGUAAAUUGGGCCCUCUUUGCAUAGACUGACACGUGAAAUCACAUUUACAGUUCCUUUAAUAUCUGUCUUUUUUUUUGACAGAAAUAAUUUUUUAUUUGUUUUUACAGCUGCCUAUAAUUGAUCAAACUAUUAUCAUUAUUCAGUUCCUUUGCUCAAGAAACCCCCGUAAUUUUAGACAUGUAUCUCUCAUGCAGCAAUAAAAUGUUUAUUUAUGUGAUUUUACAUAUUCUGUUCACUACUUCGUGAUUUCAAUUUUACAAAAUGUUAAGAAACGUCACAUUAUUGACAAAGAAAUUGAUUCUUUGCCACAAACUCUGA